GCAAUGUAUUUAUUACAAAAUCGUAUUCACAAACACUCGGCAUACAUAAUUGAUCGUUGCGAAAGAUAUUGUUCCAGUUUGGAAAAAAAGAAAAAAAAAAAUAGGGAUUUUCAAAAUCGAUUUAUUAAAAUUAUAAAACGAAACGAGAAAGAAAGUUGGAGGGAAAGUUAAUAUUAAAGAGAAUGGAUAAUUUUUUGUUACAGAGAUUAAUAUGAUGCAUCCAGAAUGCUUUGAUACGAACAAUUGGCCUAUAAGCUGAAGAGAUGCUUUUUUUCGAGCGUCGAUAAAAAUGAAUCGAUACAUAACGUUAAAUCAAUUAGGGGACGGAACGUUUGGUUCCGUCGUUCUUGGAGAACGUAUCGACACUGGGGAGAAGGUUGCCAUAAAAAGAAUGAAAAGAAAGUAUUAUUCCUGGGAGGAGGCGAUGAACCUGCGUGAAGUUAAAUCUUUGAAGAAACUUAGUCACGCGAAUGUAGUCAAAUUAAAGGAGGUAAUUCGUGAAAAUGACGUAUUGUAUUUCGUCUUCGAAUACAUGAAGGAGAAUCUCUACCAAUUGAUGAAGGAUAGGGACAAACUUUUCCCUGAGCCGGUAAUCAGGAAUAUCGUGUAUCAAGUGCUUCAAGGAUUGGCGUUCAUGCAUAAACAUGGCUUCUUCCACCGUGACAUGAAGCCUGAAAAUUUAUUAUGCAUGGGACCGGAACUCGUGAAGAUUGCUGAUUUCGGUCUGGCCAGGGAAAUACGAUCAAGACCCCCGUAUACGGAUUACGUAUCCACAAGAUGGUAUAGAGCACCGGAAGUUCUACUCCAUUCGACGACCUAUAACAGCCCAAUCGAUAUUUGGGCGGUAGGUUGCAUCAUGGCCGAAUUGUACACGUUCCGGCCACUUUUCCCCGGGAAAAGCGAAAUCGACGAGAUUUUUAAAAUUUGCUCCGUGAUCGGCACACCGGAGAAGGACGAUUGGCCGGAUGGGUAUCAAUUGGCCGCCGCUAUGAAUUUCAAAUUUCCAAAUUUCUCUCGGACAUCGUUGAGCGUAUUGAUACCGAAUGCUGGUCAAGAAGCGGUAAUACUUAUGGAAGAUAUGUUACAAUGGAAUCCCAUUAAAAGACCGACGGCACAACAAUCCCUAAGGUGGAUAGAAUUUCUAAUCACCCGAACAAGAGAAACAGAGAGAGGAAGAGAGAGAGAGAGAGAGAGAGAUUCUAAAUUUAAUUUUACUCUUAGGUAUCCCUAUUUCCAAUUGAACGUGCCACGUGUAAUUAAUAGUACAAAGAUCGGGGUAGCGUCUCAACGCGAUUUUGUAAUAAACAAAGUAAAUCUUCCACCUCCGGUUCUUAAAUCGUACAAUUACUCUCAGCAAGACGCAUUGAUGGGAUCCAGGGCCCAAGAGAAAAUGAUACAAUCCAAGGAACAAGAGAAAACGAUACUCCCACUGGUGAAUCAUAAUAGUUACAUGCGCCAAAGUAAUCCUCAAAAGUUGGACGAGGAUGAUUUUGCCGAGUUGUUGGGUAGCAAGAUCGUUCCCGAGAACGUGAACUCAAAGCUAGUCCCAGAACGAGUAUACAAAGAGAACCGUGCCAAUUGGAAUGUGAAUUAUUUGCCAGAAAAUCCGAGGAAUUGGGUGUUGCCGGCUUGGAACGAGCCAGCCCCGAUUAAUUGGAACCAGUUACAACCGAAUAUGAAGAAUGGUCGAAAAGUUUCUGGGAAACAACAUUACUUCAGCUUGGCUCGAUACAUCGCAGGCCAGAGCGCGAGCUUAUCGUCCAGAAACGAUGAUUCCGACCAGAACAAGCCUAGGUUAAUGCGGAAUCUUGUUGGUCAAUCGGUGGAGAAGUACGAGGAAUUCACCGAUUCUUUCUGGAUGCCUAGGAACUCUAUUGAGAAUCAAGCAAAACGAUAUUACAUUCCACGAAACCGUUACAUCGCUGAUCAAACUUUAAGAUUGCCUUAUCCUAGCGUUUAUGGUACGCAAAAUAUUAAAAAUACGGAUAAAGGAACGCUACUACCGAGCAAUGGAACUGUGGUGAACGCGAAAGGCAGCGGAAGCCUUCAUGGUCGAACCGACUGGGCUGCUAAAUAUCUCAAAUGACUGUUUCAAAGUUACGUAUACAAUUUGUAACUGUGAUAGAAUGCCAUUUACCUUUUUCAUUUCCAUUAUAAGAGAAAUCCAGAUGGAGGAUUUAAAAAAAAAAAAAAAAAAAAAAAAAAAAACAGAAAUUUGGUGGCCUUUAAGAAUGUAAUCACUUUGGUGAUUAAUUAUUUUUUAAAAACGCUUAAGUGAUCACACUUUUAAAAUAAUUGAUAUCUAAUAAAAUAAUAAUCGAUCUUAGCUUACUAAUAAUAAUAAGUAGGAAGAAUCAA